AUGAAGAUCAGCACCGUCACUGUGUUCCUCUCGCACGACGACGCUGGGCGUCUAUAUAGUGAAUGCCGUCGACCUGCCAACUUGGAGCUCUUUGCCGAAUUGGAGAAGAUCCUCAGCAAGUACCCAGCUCAUCGCGUGGUACUAACGGUCAACCAUGGUCUUUGUAUGAACAUGCGGAAGACAAUCUCCGGUAUGGACGAGUUCAGAAGGUGCUUUGCUACGAUGGGUGACAAAUGGGUGCUUGAAGAACAGCCCAAAUACAGGCAUGACUCGCGCGUCACUGCGCUUGUUGUCUCGUCAGAUGGGUGA